AUGAGUAUAAAUGAACCGACACCUGAAGCCUUGCAGAGAAAAUUAUAUUUUCUUCUUGAACAACUACAAGACAUGGCCAGAGAACUACCCCCCAAGUACCAAAUGAGAGUACCUAUAGAAUUGUUAUCAGGACUAGCAAAUUGUCUCUUAAAUGAUACCGUUUUUGAAAUAGUGAAAGGUCUUAUGGAAAUUCAGCAUGUUACUGAAAAACAUUUAUUUCAACAAAGAUUGCAAAUUAUCAACAAACAUACUUCAGAAAUUGAAAGUUUGGUGAACUCAUUACUAACUCCUGAAGAAAAAGAAGACCAAAAACAUAUUCUGUUAAAAAGACAUAAAGAAGAACUUAAACUGACAGACAUGAAAUUAGUUAUACAAUUAGAUCAAAAGGUUAGUGAUCAACAAGAUACAUUGGAAAAAGCUGGAGUGCCAGGAUUUUUUGUCACUACCAAACCAAUAGAAAUCAAAGUUCAAAUGUACUUACUUGAUUUUAUUUUAAGAUUAAGUAAGAUGUAUAUACCUCAAGACUUAUAA